AUGAGAAGAGAACAGAUCAAUAACCAGAACAUAAUAGCAUCAUCAAAGGCAGCAGUAGUGCGUCCUCCCCUCGGCGUCAACUUCUACACAGAGACAUAUCUUGGUUGGGCGCAAAGCAAAAGAGACUGCGAUCAUCCAACACCGGGGAUUUACAGGUCUGCCGUUGGAGAACGCUUCUCAACUGGCCGCAGUAAAAUGAAGUAG